AAAUUUUCAUUAGUCUUACUUCUGAACUCGGACCCGCGAGACGUGCACGGGCUGUUUGUGCGUGCGUGUGUGUGUGUGCACCAAAACGGUGGAUUUUCCCAACCAGCAGCCAAUUUUCUUAGUGUGACCCAUUCACAGCGGGAGAAUUUUAAAUAAACACAGUGAAAUCAAGUGUGCAAAUGCAAUCCUACAGUAGAAGACCGGCUGGCUGUGCAAAUUAAAACCCAACAGACAAAGUGCAUCAGUUGAAACGCGUGGCAAGAGAGAGAUAAAGAGAGAGAAAAAAAACGAAUCAUUCCAGUUUGUACAAAGAAAAAACCCCGAUUGCUGACGUCAGCUGUUACGUUUGUGUGGAUGCAUGCUGCAACUAACUUUGCAUCUUGAGUGUGUCCUUCAGCAGUUCCGCCUCCGUCGAAAAACCAGAAAGUGUGUUACUCGGUUUCGGAAAGAAAACGAAAGUGGUGAAAGACAUAGCGCAGUGGUGAGCAGUGGUGCAUCCCGGUGGGAUAGAUUGUGGAUUGUGGAUUUGUGUGAUAAGUGUGAUCCGAAAUUCUAACCAUUGCUGAGUGACAUCGAAUUUCAAGACAAUCCCCCAGGAUCGGGACAUUGUACAAUGGACGACGAAAGACAAAGGCAGCUUUGGAUCAUUUUUCAAAUGUGAUCGAUCGACUUGCAGCGUGUGCGGGAUAAGGAUAAAAGUUGACAGGAGAAACCAUCCACCCACCAUUACCAGCCAUCAUCAGAAUACUUGUUCUCGAAGACUUGACACCGCGGCCGGACAAUUGCACGGUCGCAAGAACAGCACUUCUGGCGGCGGUGCUUUAAGCUAUGUUUCGAUGCACCGUUCCAUACGGCAAUCAGGAGCAGGUCUUACAACAUCCAGCAGUGCGUCAUCGGCACAAAUAUCCCAAUUCUUGAUAAACGACAACUACACAACGCAAGCGAGCGUUGAGUACGGGUUAAACUGUCGGCGGUUUAACGAGUUAGUAAUAGAGUAACGGCUAAGCAUAUCGCACAUCAAGUUCACAUUCGGAAGGAGUAAGAUAGCAGCAAGUAAAUAUGGUAUUCAAUGUACUGAUAGCAUCGUCUGUGAUCAAAACGGCCACCGUCGUUGGUUCUAGUCUGUGGCUUAUCCCAUUUCUUCUGGGAGCCAUCUCCUACUAUCGUUACGAUCGCGUCGAUCCGGAGUCGCGCGUCAUCAACCAGGAAGCGCUACUGCCGGAGUAUGAUUUCGUCGUCGUUGGUGGUGGCUCAGCCGGUGCCGUUGUUGCAAACCGGCUAACAGAGAUCCACCGGUGGAAGGUGUUGCUGCUGGAGGCCGGACCGGAUGAGAAUGAAAUUUCCGACGUACCGUCAUUGGCAGCCUACCUCCAACUCAGCAAGCUUGACUGGGCGUACAAGACGGAACCAACGAACAAGGCGUGCCUGGGCAUGGUUAACAAUCGCUGUAACUGGCCCCGUGGCAAGGUGCUGGGCGGUUCUUCCGUGCUUAACUACAUGAUCUACGUGCGGGGCAACCGGAACGACUUUAACCAUUGGGAAUCGCUUGGAAAUCCUGGCUGGGCGUAUGAUGAUGUGCUACAGUUCUUUGUAAAGUCCGAAGACAACCGAAAUCCAUACCUGGCUCGCAAUCCCUACCAUGGACAGGGUGGAUUUUUGACUGUACAGGAGACACCCUGGCAUACACCGCUAGUGGCCGCGUUUGUGGAAGCUGGGACAGAGAUCGGGUACGAGAAUCGUGAUAUCAAUGGAGAGCGACAAACAGGAUUCAUGAUAGCGCAAGGCACCAUUCGACGGGGUAGUCGCUGUUCGACCGCGAAAGCAUUCCUACGACCGAUUCGUCUCCGCAAGAAUCUGCACAUUGCGAUGAACGCACACGUCACGAAGCUUGUCAUCGAUCCGGAAACGAAGCAUGCGGUCGGUGUGGAGUUCAUCCGUGGCGGCAAGCGACAUCACGUGCGUGCUCGGAAGGAAAUCAUCAUGUCAGCCGGUUCGAUCAACACACCACAGAUACUGAUGCUUUCCGGCAUUGGACCACGGGCACAUCUGGAGGAUGUAGGCAUUGAGACGAUCCAAGAUUUGCCGGUUGGUGAAAAUCUACAAGAUCACGUCGGCAUGGGAGGAUUAACGUUUCUGGUGGACAAACCCGUAGCGAUUCUACAGAACCGUCUCGAGGCGGGUUCCGUAACAAUGAACUAUGUGAUUAACGAACGUGGCCCAAUGACCAUUCUGGGUGGUUUGGAGGGUAUUGCUUUCGUUAACACGCCCUUCGCUAACGUUACCGAUGACUGGCCGGACAUUCAGUUCCACAUGGCUCCGGCUUCCCUCAACUCGGAUGGUGGGGCCCGUGUCAAGAAGAUACUUGGUCUACGGGAGGACCUAUACAAGGAAGUAUUCCACCCGAUCGAAGAUACGUACAGUUGGACCAUCAUGCCACUGUUGUUGCGACCACGAUCCCGUGGUUGGGUACGUCUCAAGUCCAAGAAUCCUUUCCACUAUCCGCUAAUGAACCCAAACUACUUUGAGGAUCCGUUCGAUGCGGCCACACUCGUCGAGGGUGCAAAGAUAGCGCUCCGUGUCGGUGAUGCUAAGGUGUUCAAGCAGUUCGGCAAUCGACUGUACCGUAAACCGCUCCCGAACUGUAAGCAGUUUAAGUUCCUAUCGGACGAAUAUCUCGACUGUCAGGUGCGUACCAUAUCGAUGACCAUCUACCAUCCGGUCGGAACGGCCAAAAUGGGACCACACUGGGAUCCGGGUGCAGUAGUUGACCCACGUUUGCGCGUGUACGGUAUAUCCGGGUUGAGGGUGAUCGACGCCAGCAUCAUGCCGACCAUCGUUAGCGGGAACACGAACGCGGCUGUUAUCAUGAUCGGCGAGAAGGGUGCACACAUGAUCAAAGAAGACUGGCUAGGGCACGAUCGAUGAGAGUCCGGUGCAGCUGCCGUAACCAGCAAACAAUCCUGUGCCAUUCCAAAGUCCGGAGCAUUCUUCUAGCCAGCACAACCGUAACCUCCCAAAAAAUAGCUCCUUAACACACUAACUCUAGUAGGCCAGAGAACAUCCCACCCCAUGUUUCCGACGUGCGUCGUUGUCGCGUUAUCCCGCUGUAAUAUAGUAAUAUACCUCCUGCGAAUGUGUGCGUUGAACCAAGCGAAAUCUUAGUCCGAUAGCUAUUACUGUAGUUAGGCAAGCGUUAUUGUGUGCGUACUGUUACACUUUGUUUUCGUCGUACUGUGUAGAAUAGAUAAAUAAAUAUUACCUCAAUUGGAAAAA